AAACAAACCGGAAAUAGCUGAACAAAAUACAAGACUGGUGGAGGUAGUGAUGGGUGAAUGAGGCAUCAUAGAGCGCUUUGACACAAUGACACACUGUGCUGAUACUGUGUUGUUCCUGUGUAACUGAAUACUGAGACCUGCUGGACUUUAAAAAUUUCUGCAGGCAAACUACUUGACAGACUGAAUUGACACUGAAUUGAUGACCUGCUGUAUACAAUAAUAUCAUUUAAGUGGCAUGGCAUUCAUUAUUAUUCCAUAUCUUUCAAUAACGUGAAUGCAUUGUUUUUGUAUUUAUUGUACACAAGCCUCACAAUUAACAAUCUCCAUUAUUAUGUUUCGGUAUCCAGAAAAACACACAAACAUCAUAAUUCAAUUCAAUUAAUUUGAAUUAGAAUGGAAAAGAAAAUUAAAAAUCUGAGACAAACUGGGUAAAGAUUGAAAUAAAUAUGUUAUUCUCCGAUUGGAGAUUAAAAGAGUCCCACAGGGAAGACCACUUGCGUUACCCUUGGAGCUGCUUCAUAAUCCACAAAGACAUUCACAAGGAAAAUUUUUUUCAACACUUGCAUCCUGUUGACAAAUGCACUUCCUUAUAAACAGAUUUCGCGACGCGGGGAUCGCUCUGUGAGCUGGGGGUGCGCCCCACCGCAUCAGUAUUGCCUGACGAAUCACUAGAUGGAGCGGGUCGUGACAGUUUUUCCAUAUUUUGACCAUGUUCAUUUAUUACAAUUCCUCUGGUGUGUUUGUAACCUGUUCUCCCUCCCAAGAAGCACAACAGAAUGAUUCAGUCGCACAUUGUGUGGUGCUGACUCCCAACAUCCGAAACCUUCUGGAGGGAGAAGCCUUUUAUUACGUUCCCUCCUUCAUGGCUGAUGUCAAGGCCACUGAAGAUCAGUUCACUUGGCGAAGGAACAACGUGGUGGUCUCCUCGAAUGAAAGUGAGAGGAUACACGUUCAUGGUUUGGCCAUCUACUUACUUAACGUCACACCUGCUGAUGCGGCCAUCUACACUUUUCAGUACACUCGGUCACCAGAAAAAUGCUACACUGCUGAUUUAACUGUGAAUGUCUUCGAUGAAAGCUUUCGUCUGGAGAAAGUAAUGUGUUACGGAUCUGUAGAAAGCCCGUCCCAAAGCACAAGUUUCAAGUGUCCAGACCCUGUCUGGAAAACGUGCCAGGACACAAGCGGCGUGAUCACCUGGUACAAGAACAUGGGCUUGAUUGAACAUGAACAUAAACAAGACAUUCGUGUGCAGAAGCUCCCACAGAAUAAUGGCGUUUACACCUGCAUGUGUACAUGGGCACACAACCAUCGGUUGUACAACUCAUCUGGAUCAAGGCUGCUCACAUUGAAAGAUCUCUCCAUCAAUUCUCUGGAAUUCCUCUCACCAUCAGACACCAACAAGGAGCAGUUUGCCGAUGCAGGUUCUCCAACCUCUCUGAACUGUUCUGUCUUCUGUGGGAUAAACACUGGAAAGCAUUGUACGGCUGAAUGGAGAGUAAACGGAAGCCGCGUUGACAACGGAAAAGACUAUGUUCAAGAUAACUCAAUAGUCAAUACACCCCACAACAACACCAUGGCCACCGCCAUCCUCACCAUUCGAAAGGUCUCUGCAAAGGAUUUUCAGACCAAUUUUACAUGUGUUGCAAAAAACAAUUUUAAGAUUCAGUCUAAAUAUCUCACUCUGAAACCAAGAGAGAGUAUCAUCCCAGUGGUUACCGGCUAUCUGUUCAUGCUCCUGCUCUGCAUCGCUGUAGCCAUCCUUAUCAAGUUGUUCCUGGUGGAUCUGGUACUUUUCUUCCGCCCCUACUUUCUCUGUCGCAGUUCCAAGGAUGUGACAAAGGUUUAUGAUGCCUAUGUCAUCUACCAGUCACAGAGUGAAACCAAAGACAUUGAAUACCUUCUCAGUGAGUUUAUCUCAAGGUCUUUGCCCAGUGUUCUCGAGGCACAAUGUGGCUACAAGCUUUUCAUCCAAGGGAGAGACGACACCCCCGGAGAAGAUCGGCUGGAAUUGGUGGAGAAACGCAUGAAAUGCAGUCGACGGCUAAUGAUCAUCCUGACACCAGCUUCUAGCUUCAGCAGCACUGACUGUGAGUUGGCAUCAGCCCGGGAAUUGGCAUUCGCAGGGUUUGACUGGCAGGUUGGGAUUCACCAUGUGCUGGUCCAAAGGGAGAUGAGCGUCAUUCUGGUCCAGCUGGGUGACACGGAUCAGGAAUAUUCCCACCUCCCUGCUGGCUUGCAGCACCUGAUCCGGAAGAGCACACCGAUCAAGUGGCCAGAGAAGCUCAAGAAUGCUUCUAAAGCAAAUUCUCGCUUCUGGAAAAAGGUGCGCUACCUGAUGCCUGCCAGGCCUGUGGCCAAUCACCUGAGGUUGGCCCCUAUAUAGACGGGCCUCUUCAAGUCACUGUGAUGGAAGGUGUUUAAAAAAUAAGAGAGAGAGAGAGACUACAGGGUAGAUCCACAGUUCAUUAUUCCAAGAAUAAUUUGUCCAAUACUCAGGAAGUAACUGGGUUAGGGGGAACGCUAAACACCAGAAUCACAUAAACGAAAAUAGAAACUGCGAAAUGGGAAGACACUAGCCUCAAGGGACGCCAACAGAACCAGGAGAACUAAAUCAAGGUCCAUAAAAUGAUCCAUGUGUAUGACAUAAAAAGGAGACUAGGGAGAGCUUGUCAUGUUGGCUGGACUAGUGUGACCCAAGUGCAGAUUGAUCUUAAAUUCACAGAGGACUCAGACAAGCGAGAGUUCUGUUAAUAUUAAUUUAAUACAAACACGUAAAUUAUACACAAACAAUAAGGAGAACUGAGGGCGACGAGACCAAAGCGGAGCGUGGAGGACAAACACGAAGGGAGAGGGAUAAACCUGGAACAGAAAACAGGUGUAAGAUAUACAGCUCUGAGAACAGAAAUAGAAAAACGCACUCGGAUCUAAAACUCACGAGUCGACAAUACAACCAAGGACGCUCGGCGGAGGUAAAACGCACACUCAAAUCGAGGAAAUAAAUACCACACUGGCAGAACUAAAAUAGCAAGUAAAGCAAACACUCGAACAGGUUAUUGUGGAGCUAAGACAGGAGCACACUAGAGGAGGGAAAGGCAAAGAGUGAGGAGAAGCGCACAGAGCGAGACGGGAAGAAAAAACAGGGACAGAGCGAGCGGAUUAAUCAAGAGAGGACGUACCGUAAGAUUCAUAAACGGAUCAUCUGGCAUUUGCAAGCUGGAACCCAGGAGUAGAUAUCCACAGGAGUGAUUAACUGAAUGAGUUCCAGCUGCGUAUGCCAUCAAGCUGCGGGGAAACAGAUACAACACAGGAAAUACAGAACCGGGAAAACAGUAAGUUACAAAAUAAAAGCGUGAACGAGACAUGAAACAUAACAGAGCUGUGUCUGUCGGUGGCUUGGUGUUUUGCAAUGCAAAUAUUUUUGAAUAUUUGGUUCUUCCUGGUCUUUACAAAAUGCGCGCAAUGCAUUGCAACAAAGAAUCAGAUGGGACUGUUCUGACAUCUACUCAAUUGAUGACAAUAAAAACGCUAGUUUUUAAUCAUGAGAAGUAAACCUCUUCAUAUAUCCUGCCAGAAUGUGAUACUUGAGUUCCACAAGCUACAGACUUCAGUCGCUAUGAUGUUUCUUUUGGGGUUUUUUUUAUUCACUUCGUUUUAAUAUGUUUGUUCACAUGAGGUUUCAUCUUUUUCUGAAGGCAUAGUGAUUCUCAUUUAAGCCGUGGCGGUGCGCCUCGCUCAUUUCCAUGUAAAAACCCUGGGUUAAAAGUUUCUAGCCAGGCCAGUGUCAGGCUAAAAGCUAGAAACUAGCAGCUUCUUUCUGCAUUUUGUGAUUAGAAAAGAAUUGUGAUAACAGGAACACGCUAAGCCAUGUUUAAAUCUGUAAAUAUGUUAUUUGUUGAUAUGAUU